AUGUGGUUAAAGAGCUAUGCAAUAUUAGUGUCACUGUGCAUUUUCAUGUUACAUCAAAUAAAUGGGGAAUAUUACAACAAUACAAUUGUAUGGUGUACAGUCUCCGAAGCUGAACAGAACAAAUGUGAAGCAUUCUCUAAAGCAGUUGAACGUGAAAAGUCAUUUUUCAACUAUGACUACAUGAUUGUUCAAUGCAAGCAAGCAUUUAACAAGGAUGAAUGUAUGACUAUGUUGGACUAUGAAAAUGCACAUAUAACAACAUUGGAUGCUGGAGAGGUCUUCACAGGAGGGCGAUAUCACAGUCUUAUACCCAUAAUGCAAGAGACAUACGAAAAUGGUGUAAAACACCAAUAUGCCGUCGCAGUAAUUAAAGAUGGUUCUUUGCCUGAUGUACAGUAUUUACAUGACUUAAGAGGCAAGAAAGCCUGCUUUGCUGGUGUUGGCACAUUGGCAGGCUGGGUCAUCCCUAUCAAUACUCUUAUGAAACAUGGAGGAAUGGAAGUGAUCGAUUGUAACAAUCAUGUAAAGUCUACAAUUAAUUAUUUUGGGCCUAGCUGUGCAGUGAAUUCAUUAGUUGACAAAUAUAAUCCACUUGGUGAUAACUCUGACCAGUUAUGCAAAUUAUGUAUUGGGAAGGUACCAGGUGAAAAGUGCACUAGCCAAGAUCCUUAUGCAGGUUAUGGAGGAGCUUUUCAUUGUUUGGUUGAAGCAGGUGAAAUUGGCUUCAUGGUGCAUACCACCGUGGAAGAAAUGACAUCAACCAGAUUUGAUUUUGUUGAUGUGAAGAAAGAACAGUUUAAAUUACUGUGUAAGGAUGGCACCCGUCGGUCUGUGGAUGAAUACAAAAUCUGUAAUUGGGGCACCGUGCCGUCCCGUGCGGUGGUCACGUCUUCCGCAACUAAAUUUGAGAUUCGUCGUCAGUACCAAAAAUUUCUGAAGAGGGCAGUUCAGGUGCUGCACAGGAAUAACAUGUCGAAUUAUCCUGAUAAUCGUUUAGACAAUCAAAGGGACUAUGAGAAUCGCUCGGGUUACAAAUUUGGCGACAAUAACUACAAGAACGGGGGUUUCGACUACCCCAACGAGUACAACACUGACAGCAGAAAUCGUAAUUACAGUACAGAUUACACAUCCACCGAGCAACCAGAUGUACAGCCGAUAGAAGUGUUCAAUUUAUUUGAAUCGACCAAAUAUGGGCGUUAUCAUAACCUAAUCUUUUCCGAUUCUGCUCUCAAUUUCGAACAGAUGUCUGAGAAAGAUCAAACAUACACAAGUUACUUAGGACGGUCUCUGGAUCACAUACUAGGAGUACGCCGCUGCUCCGUAAAUCGAAUGACAAUGUGCGUUACGUCUGAUCCAGAAAUGGACAAAUGCAUAAAGAUGAAGAUAGCUUUGAAAGCUCAGUUGCUGAAACCAGAAUUACUUUGUCAUCGAGGCCACAGUCAAAUAAACUGCAUGCAGUCUAUACAAAACGGAAUCGCGGAUGUAGCUAUGUUGGAUGCCAGCGACGUCUACACCGCCGGACUGCGCUUCGAGUUGAUCCCGUUCAUAUCCGAGGUUUACAAUCUCGAUACACCGGAUUAUUAUGUCGUCGCCGUAGCCAAGGAGGAAGACGACAAUACAGAUCUGACUUAUCUUAAGAACAAGUACACCUGUCACACCGGUAUCAACAUGGCUGCUGGCUGGGUUUAUCCGCUAGCCUAUCUUAUUUCUAAUCAAUGGAUAAGAGGAUACGGUUGCGAUUCCGUACGCGCUGCCGCCGAAUAUUUUUCCAAAUCCUGUGUUCCAGGCGCACUCAGUACUGAGUACAACACAGGAGUGCCUUACGAUAACAUGUGCGAUCUGUGUCACGGAGCGAGCUAUAGAUACUGCCGCAGAGAUGCUUCCGAGGAUUAUUUCGGCUACUCUGGUGCCUUCAGAUGCUUAGUAGAGGGAGGCGGGGACGUGGCUUUCGUGAAGCACACGACGGUCGCAGAGAACACGGACGGCAAGCGUAAAGAGACCUGGGCGCGCAAUACCUUCACGAAAGACUUCGAGUUGCUCUGUCCGGACGGUACGCGCCGUCCGACUGCGAGUUACGCGAGCUGCAACCUCGGCAAGGUCGCCGCCAACGCCAUAGUCACGCGUGGUGGUUAUUACGGCUAUAACGAGACGCAAAUCAACGCGUAUAUUAAUCUCUUUAUAUACGCGCAACAGUUUUACGGCAGGAAGGAGCAGGACGAGUUCAGUUUCAGUAUGUACUACAGCAUGCCGCCAUAUAGUGACCUUAUUUUCCAAGAUGCCACCCAGCAGCUGGUGAUCGUGCCACCGGAGAAACGACAGUACAGUGCAUAUCUCGGUCCGGACUUCAUGAGGGCCCGAAGAAUCGUGGAUUGUAACGCGGGCGCGUCGGCGAUCAGUUACUCGUUGUUCGUCACGAUAGUUAUGAUCGCAUUUACUUUCGUAUAUGGUAGAUAAGUAUCAACGUUACCAGCAGCUCUCUGCUUCUACGCGAAUACUCGAUUCGUGUUCUCGUCAACGUUUUCCAAUAGAUAUUUUUUUUAUUUUUAGUUUAAAUAUGCAUAGAAAUUAAUCUAAACUUCAAUAUAGAUUCAAUUCUCAAUUUUUGUAUAAAAAAUUUCCAUAUUACAUUUAUAUAACAUACUGAAUUUACAUUAAAGAUUAAUCAAAAUAUUUAUAAUAAAGUGAUUUUAAAAAGGGAGUAUUCUCGUGGUAAUGACUCGAGGCUCAAUAUCAUUGCGACAUAAGUUAUUGUUGAUUUCAUUGUG